GGCGGGGACUCCAGUGUGCCUGGUGGACCAGCAGGCGUCAGACUUGGCUCGUGGCCGGCGACCUCCGGCGGGUUGAAGAGGCGGUGCUUUCCGCGUGUCCCCGGAAGGACUUAGCGUGAAAGGCGGGAGAAGGAAGCAGCCGAGAGGCGGAGGAAGCCCGAGGGGGCGGUUGCGUGUGGACUGAGUGCCCUCGGCCUGGUGAGCUUCCAGACGCCGGCCUUCCGGCUCCCGAGCCCGCCAAGCCCACCGGCCGCCUUUCCUGCCUGCGCUUCCGCACCGGUCGCGAACGAGUGCACCUGCGCGCCUCGUAGCUGUUCUCGCACCGGCCGGCGGCCCGACAGUUCCUGCUGCGCUUCCCGCCCGGCCUCGCUCAGCUCGGCAGCUCCCCGGCGUGCGGCAUGUCGCGGCGGCGGCACAGCGACGAGAACGACGGGGGACAGCCUCACAAAAGGAGAAAGACCUCUGACGCCAAUGAAACUGAAGAUCAUUUGGAAUCAUUAAUAUGCAAAGUAGGAGAAAAGAGUGCCUGCUCUCUGGAGAGCAACCUAGAAGGCUUGGCAGGUGUUUUAGAAGCUGAUCUUCCUAACUACAAGAGCAAGAUCUUAAGGCUUCUUUGUACAGUUGCGCGCCUGUUACCUGAGAAAUUGACAAUUUAUACAACAUUAGUUGGACUGCUGAAUGCCAGGAAUUACAACUUUGGUGGAGAGUUUGUAGAAGCUAUGAUUCGACAACUUAAGGAAUCACUGAAAGCAAACAAUUACAAUGAAGCUGUGUAUUUGGUCCGUUUUUUAUCUGAUCUCGUGAAUUGUCACGUCAUUGCUGCCCCAUCCAUGGUUGCUAUGUUUGAAAAUUUUGUAAGCGUAACUCAGGAAGAAGAUGUACCUCAGGUGCGGCGAGAUUGGUAUGUUUACGCGUUUCUGUCGUCUUUGCCCUGGGUUGGAAAGGAGUUGUACGAAAAGAAAGAUGCAGAGAUGGACCGCAUCUUUGCCAACACUGAAAGCUAUCUUAAAAGACGCCAGAAGACACAUGUGCCCAUGUUACAAGUAUGGACUGCUGAGAAACCACAUCCGCAAGAAGAGUAUUUAGAUUGCCUGUGGGCCCAGAUUCAGAAAUUGAAAAAGGAUCGCUGGCAGGAGCGGCACAUCCUAAGACCUUAUCUUGCCUUUGACAGCAUCCUCUGCGAAGCCCUGCAGCACAAUCUGCCUCCUUUCACGCCACCUCCUCACACGGAAGAUUCGGUGUACCCGAUGCCACGGGUCAUCUUCAGAAUGUUUGAUUACACGGAUGAUCCCGAGGGUCCUGUAAUGCCAGGAAGUCAUUCAGUUGAAAGAUUUGUCAUAGAAGAGAAUCUUCACUGCAUCAUUAAGUCCCACUGGAAGGAAAGGAAGACUUGUGCUGCGCAGCUGGUGAGCUAUCCCGGGAAGAACAAGAUCCCCUUGAACUACCACAUAGUUGAGGUGAUCUUUGCAGAGCUGUUUCAGCUUCCGGCCCCCCCGCACAUUGAUGUGAUGUACACAACACUGCUCAUCGAGCUGUGCAAACUUCAGCCUGGCUCUCUGCCCCAAGUUCUUGCACAGGCGACUGAAAUGUUAUACAUGCGUUUGGACACGAUGAACACUACAUGUGUAGACAGGUUUAUUAAUUGGUUUUCCCAUCAUCUAAGUAACUUCCAGUUCCGUUGGAGUUGGGAAGAUUGGUCAGAUUGUCUUACUCAAGAUCCUGAAAGUCCCAAACCAAAAUUUGUAAGAGAAGUUCUAGAAAAAUGUAUGAGGUUGUCUUAUCAUCAGCGUAUAUUAGAUAUUGUUCCUCCUACCUUCUCAGCUCUAUGUCCUGCAAACCCAACCUGCAUUUACAAGUACGGAGAUGAAAGUAGCAAUUCUCUUCCUGGACAUUCAGUCGCCCUCUGUUUAUCUGUUGCCUUUAAAAGUAAAGCAACCAAUGAUGAAAUCUUCAGCAUUCUGAAAGAUGUACCAAAUCCUAACCAGGAUGACGAUGACGAUGAAGGAUUCAGCUUUAACCCUUUGAAAAUAGAGGUCUUUGUACAGACUCUGCUACACUUGGCAGCCAAAUCAUUCAGCCACUCCUUUAGCGCUCUUGCAAAGUUUCAUGAAGUCUUCAAAACCCUAGCUGAGAGUGAUGAAGGAAAGUUACAUGUUCUAAGAGUUAUGUUUGAGGUCUGGAGGAACCAUCCACAGAUGAUUGCUGUGCUAGUAGAUAAGAUGAUCCGUACACAGAUUGUUGACUGUGCUGCAGUGGCAAAUUGGAUCUUCUCUUCAGAACUGUCUCGAGACUUUACUAGAUUGUUUGUUUGGGAAAUCUUGCACUCCACAAUUCGUAAGAUGAACAAACACGUUCUCAAAAUCCAGAAAGAGCUGGAAGAAGCAAAAGAGAAACUCGCAAGGCAACACAAACGGCGAAGUGACGACGACGACAGAAGCAGUGACAGGAAAGAUGGGGCUCUAGAGGAGCAAAUAGAAAGGCUGCAGGAGAAAGUGGAGUCUGCUCAGAGUGAACAGAAGAACCUCUUCCUUGUCAUAUUCCAGCGUUUUAUCAUGAUCCUGACUGAGCACUUAGUACGAUGUGAGACCGAUGGGACCAGCAUAUUAACCCCAUGGUAUAAGAACUGUAUAGAGAGGCUCCAGCAGAUCUUCUUGCAGCAUCACCAGAUAAUCCAGCAGUACAUGGUGACCCUGGAGAACCUGCUCUUCACUGCUGAGUUAGACCCUCAUAUCCUGGCUGUGUUCCAGCAGUUCUGUGCCCUACAGGCCUAAGGGUCCUUUUAUUCCCGUCAAGACUUUUUUAAAAUAUCUGAAAAUAAUUUGUCUUAUUUUUUUUGAUGUUUGAAUGCUUGCUUUCUUGUAGCAUCUUUCACUUAUUAAAGGGGGAGGGGGGGGAGGAGGAUGGUGAAUAGAGCGUCGAUGACCUUUAAUUGCCCCUACAAAGCAAAAAUUCCCGACUGACAAUGUGACGAUGACCAUAGGAUGUAUUAUAUAUAUAUGACAGAUACAACUUUUCUGGUAUUUUUUUCUCCUUAAGGCACAAAAGAUAAGUGAUUUGAGGUAUGUGAACACUAGAGGUCCAGCUUACAAAGUAGUAUAUAGAAUUGGUGGGUUUACUAUCAAGUAGCAUAGCUUUUCACAGCUCAUGGAUAACCUAAUAUGGACGAAAUAAAACUAAAAUGUUUUUUAAA